AUGUCUGAACCAGGUCCCUCCUCAGUCCCCACCUCCGCCGACCCCCGGAGCCACCGCCCAACAAAGCGGCGCGCUGUAUCCCCCCAUAGCGAACAAGCAAGCGUAAUAAACUCGCUCUUCCGAGACCCGUCCAAAGAAAUAAAGCUCCCAACGCCUUCGACCCAAAAAUCAGCCUCAUCCCUUCCAGCGCCGCCGGAAAUCGUUGCGAACGUGCAGGGGUCGUCCGCCGGUGCAGGGUCCGGAGAAUUCCAUGUUUACAAGGCGAGUCGGCGGCGCGAGUAUGAACGGCUACGGCUUAUGCAGGAGGAGGUUGAUCGGGAGAAAGAAGGGGCUGAGUGGCAGCGGAAGCAGGAAGAGGUGAGAAGGAAAGAUCAAGAGAAGACGGAGAAGAAUCGGCGGAGGAGGGAGAAGAGGAACAAGGCGAAGGCAAAGGGAGCCAAGAAGGGUGCUGGUGCUGGUGCUGCUGGUGCUGGGGCUGAUGCUGGGGGUGCUGCUGAGGGUGGGAAGGGGUCGGAUGAGAUGGAUGUUACGGAGGAGAAGGGCGUAACGACGAAUAAGACCGGUGAAGAGGACCAGACGGAAGCGGCUGUUGAGACGUCUGGAGUUAUCAUCCAUGAUGAUGAGUAA